CAGAUUUGUUGCAACCCAAACGACCCAAACCUCCUCAUCUUACUCGGAAACCAAACGUACCGAAUGCUCGCAUCGUUCGAAAACGUUUGGCGCCAAUUUGGUUUCGCAAAAGCCGAAGGUGUUAACUUCACAUCCGGAUCUUGGUUAUCUCAAGACCGUUUUCUCGCGGGAACUUCGGACGGGCGCAUAAUGACCAUCGAAAGUGGCGAGCUCAAAGCGAUACACAUCGCGUACGACACCCCUUUAUUCAACUACAAAUUCGAGGAUGACGCCGAAGCGGGCGAUUUAACAAAUUUGUUAGAUAACUCUUUGAUGGCCAUAGCAGGCGAAGAUAACCAAGUAAAAUCGAUGUUUGUCUUCUCGAAAGGGUUUGCUUACGCUUGCGGGGUCGGAAUGGUUUAUUUAUACGAAAAGGAAACCCCGCAUCGUUACAGAAGACGAAACGUUUUUAAAGUACCCGAUCGAAACGUCGUUCGAGAAGACGAUGACCCAACCGUUGAUGGUGCUUUAAACCAUAUUAAUCAUUUGGGGGUGAAUUUAUCUGAAGAUAGGUUAUUAGCGACGUGUAAAGAGAAUCAAAUGUAUACGGUGAGGUUAUGGGGGCCCGAUAUAGUUGCGCAACCUGAAAUUAUGUUUCAAGAACAAGGGAUGAAUUUGCAUCAUGGUGGAAUUGGUUCGAUUGCGGUGUGUAAAUGGAAGCCGAUUUUUAUGACUUCGGGAACUUGGGACCGAACCAUACGCAUUUGGAACUUUGAAUCGGAAACUUUAGAAUUAGUUAAAACUUAUUUAGAAGAAAUCCACGGUUUAGCUUUGCACCCAACGGGGUUAUACGCCGUGGUCGGAUUCUCCGACAAACUCCGAUUCUUAACAAUCCUUUUAGACGAUCUCGAAAUGACCCGAGAAUUCUCUGUAAGGAAUUGUAAAUUAGUAUCUUUUAGUAAUUUGGGUCAUAUUUUUGCGGCUGCUAACGGAAAUAUAAUUCAAGUGUACUCGUCGGUUUCGUUCGAGCAUAUGUUUAAUUUGAAAGGUCAUAACGGAAGGGUUACCGGGUUCUCUUGGGUUCACGACGAUUAUAAAUUGUGUUCGUGCGGGGCCGAAGGGGCAGUUUACGAAUGGCAAAUCUCGACGACGCGGAGAAUCAGCGAGACGAUCGUGAAAUCGUGUCAAUUUGCGGAUGCCAAUACCACGGGCGAUGGAAAAUCGGUUUUUGCGGUUGGCUCAGACGGCAGAAUUAGGGAGAUUAUGAACUGUAAUAUUCAAAGGGAUGUUUCUGUAACGCAGACGGCUUUGACCAAAGUGGUACUUUCCAAUUCGAAUUUAAUGUUGUUCGUGGCUGGAAUUAAUGGAGUCGUUUAUUCGGUUAAAAUUCCGAUUAUGGAUACAGCUGAAUGUAUUGAGUUUGUCGUACAUCCAACUGCAAUAAGUCAUGUAAGUUUUUUUUUACUUAUACACACACUUUUUAUAUGAUUAAAACCUCUCCUUAUGUGA